ACAGUUAUCGCCGGAUCGUAGGCAGUACUCAUGGCAGUAAAUUGAUUUUUCGUGUUUUGGCCAAUAAAUCCCUAUCGGUUUGUGUUAUAUCGAUUAAUUGAUUUUUUGUGCUCAUUAUACGGUGUCGUUUCGCGAUUCGAGUGCGCUGAUCCGAGGCGCAGAUGGGUAUUACAAUAUAAUAGUGUAUAAUAAGUCUUUAUGAGAAAACCACCGAGUCGUCUGACGAUAUUAUAUAUUAUUAUAUGCGAAUUUUCCGUUUGUGAUUCGAAAGGCGACCACUUACUAUACCUUGGUAACCUGCGGCUGUGACAUUUUCGACAAGAUGUUGUCAUCACUAGGCCGCGUCCAGUUUUAUCUCCUUUGCUUGCAGGUAUCGCACUACUACGUGUCAUCGACUCAAGUGAACUCGUUCGACAAUUUAUUUCAUGGUAAAACAGGAAACUACGAAUCUAUGAUGGACUCUUCUCGCGUCAGCGUAAACGAAUCUGUGACGUUUUGGUUGUAUACGAAACAGCGCUCCAAGAACAGUCGAAGGCUGGUGCCUGACGACCCGAAAUCUUUGGAGUCAUCGGGCUUUGACGGUGGUAAACCGACCAAAAUCUUGAUUCACGGUUGGUUGGGUGACAGUGAAGACGAGCAAAGCGUCUGUUUGGCUUUGAAGACGGAAUAUUUCGCGUUGUACGAUUACAAUGUGGUGUGCGUGGACUGGAGCGUGCUUGCAGUGGAUUUUCCGUACUUUACUGCUCGGAUGCGGUGCAAAGAAAUCGGAAACUAUGUAGGUGAAAUGAUAAUGACGAUGACGGAAAACACGCCUCAGACCAAUGACGAUGUACACAUAAUCGGUUUUAGCAUGGGCGCCCACAUCGCCGGUUAUGCCGGCAAACGACUUGAGGGAAACGUGCACAGAAUCACUGGCUUGGAUCCCGCUAAGCCGAUGUUCUCCAGCAAACGGUCCGCCGAGAGACUCGACCGAACCGAUGCGCAAUUUGUGGAUGUAGUGCACACGACAAGUUUGGUGUUGGGGCAGCACAAGCCGAUAGGAAUUAUCGAUUUCUAUCCGAAUGGUGGAAAUACGAAACAACCGGGCUGCGGAUACGAUUACGUGUACGGUGAGGUGUGUAGUCAUUUUAAAGCCUACGAGUUUUACGCACGGUCCAUCCGGUCCAAAGACGAAUUCAAAUCGAUCAAAUGUGACAAAUGGAAAGAUUACGAGCAGUCCAAAUGCGAAGAUCCCGAGAAUUACACGUACUUGGGCGAAUCCGCAAAUUCAAGUCUUUCGGGCAAUUAUUAUUUGUCGGUUCUUUGAGCUGUGUCGAUGAUCGUGUAUCGAUAUAUCAUACAAAAAUUGUCCAACAUUUUUUUUUUUUAAAUUGGAUGUGUUUAUAUAUAUUAACUAAUAAUUAUAUUAUAAAUAUAUACAUAAUCGCUUUAUCAGUUUAACCAUAUUUAACGUUUUAAUUAAUACCUGUGUCCAAUAGGUUUGAUUUUAUAUAAUCAUUUAGGAUUAUAUUAUUAUAAUAUUGCUAAUGCAAUCUAAACGAACAUAUCAUAUUAUAUUCAUAUAUUAUACAAAUAAAUAAUAAUUAUUAUAUUUGUAUACAUAUUUUCAAGAAGUGCAUAUUAUACUCAACAAACAGUGAUGUGUUAUUAAAAAAUAUAUACAUCUA